GGCCCGGCCCCCUGCACCUUGCCGGCCGGCCCCAGCGCUCAAGCAUGAAGACACCCAAGCGGAGGUGGAGCAGCGUCUUUCUCCAUGAGCAGUCCUGUCUGAGAGGCACGGUGGCCCUUGUCCUCCUCAUGGGCAACCUUGCCUUCGUGAUAGCGCAGGACCUCGUGCAGACCUCCAACAGCCUGGAAGAAGGCGCCGACGUGACCGCCCACUGGUGGGGCGAGUGGACCAAGUGGACCGCGUGCACAAGGACCUGCGGGGGAGGCGUCAAAUCCCAGGAGAGGCACUGCCUCCGGCAGAGAAGAAAGUCAGUGAGUGGGCUUGCUAAUAAAACUUGCACUGGAACAUCCAAAAGAUACCAGCUCUGCAAAGUACAAGAGUGCCCUGCGAAUGGAAGGAGCUUCCGAGAGGAGCAGUGUUCAUCCUUUAACUCCCAUGUGUAUAACGGACGAACGUAUCAAUGGAAACCUUUAUAUCCUGAUGACUAUGUUCACAUUUCUAGCAAGCCCUGUGACCUCCAUUGCACCACUGUGGAUGGUCAGAGACAGUUAAUGGUUCAGGCUCGGGAUGGAACAUCCUGCAAAUACACUGAUUUCCGAGGGGUUUGCGUGUCUGGAAAAUGUGAGCCGAUCGGAUGCGAUGGCGUUCUGUUUUCCACCCACACUUUGGAUAAAUGUGGAGUUUGCCAAGGAGAUGGGAGCAGCUGCACUCAUGUAACUGGGAGUUACCGGAAAGGAAAUUCUCAUCUUGGCUAUUCUCUGGUAACACACAUUCCUGCUGGAGCAAGAGAUAUCCAGAUAGUAGAGCGGAAAAAAUCUGCAGAUGUUCUGGCUGUGGCUGAUGAAGCUGGAUAUUAUUUCUUCAACGGGAACUACAAAGUUGACAGCCCAAAGAAUUUCAACAUUGCAGGCACGGUGUUCAAGUACCGCAGGCCCAUGGAUGUCUAUGAGACCGGCAUAGAGUAUAUUGUUGCACAAGGCCCAACAAAUCAAGGGCUGAAUAUAAUGGUCUGGAAUCAAAAUGGCAAGAAUCCAUCCAUCACAUUCGAAUAUACUCUCUUGAGAAAGCCACACUCAAAUCUGCAGCCCAUUUACUAUACCUUUUCUGAGUCAGAUAGUGAAGAAAGCAGAGAGUUCGAUGGAGACGUGCCAUUGGGUUUUAUCCAACACAACGCAACUUAUUUUGGGAAAAUCUCCAGGGAGAGGAUAGAUUUGGAGAACCAGGUGUUUGGAAGGCAGGACACAGAGGAAGACUUAAACUUGAGCAAAGGUCAGGAAACCAAUGAGGUCUACGAAAGAACAGAAACUAUUGACUCUGAGCCAAAACUGAAGGACAAACAACCCGAAGAUUCAAACGUAACCAGGUCUACUUACCAGACAGACCAUGAUGACAGAGACUUUGACCCCAGGUUCAGCUCCAGGGAGUUUCUUUCGGAGAACGCCAUCACUGACAAACUGCUGGACAAGAGCUCGGACUCUAAGGAGCUGGUUCUCAACAUGACCAUGAACAGCAUCUUUGCCCAAGGAGACCCGGUCAACUCUGUAGGCUCGCACAUUGACAGCCUCUAUGUUGACUAUGAGGAUACUGAUGGCGUCGUGACCUAUUCCAUCAAUAGCACCUACAUGGAGCUGAGCAAUGGCAAGGCCAUCAACUCAUCAGCGGAGAUGCCGUUUUCAAACACCACCGUCACCGUGACCAGCCCCCAAGGAAACAGAACCCACAAAGCAAGAAACAGAUUGAAGUUGUUAAGGAAGGGCCAAGGUGUGAGUGCGGCUGACAUGUACAGGUGGAAGCUCUCUUCCCACGAGCCCUGCAGCUCCACGUGCACGACAGGCGUGAUGUCCACGUAUGCCAUGUGCGUGCGCUAUGACGGCAUCGAGGUGGACGAUACGUACUGCGAUGCCAUGACCCGUCCCGAGCCGGUCCAUGAGUUCUGUGCGGGGAGAGAGUGCCAGCCCAGGUGGGAGACGAGCAGCUGGAGCGAGUGUUCCCGCACCUGCGGGGAAGGCUACCAGUUUCGGAUUGUCCGAUGCUGGAAGAUGAUCUCUCCUGGUUUUGACAGCUCCGUCUACAGCGAUCUCUGCGAAUCCGCCGACAUUACGCGGCCCGACGAGCGCAAAGUCUGCAAGAAUCCCGCCUGCGGGCCCCAGUGGGAGAUGUCCGAGUGGUCGGAGUGCUCGGCGCGCUGCGGCGAGCGGAGCGUGGUGACGCGGGACAUCCGCUGCUCCGAGGAGGAGCGGCUCUGCGACGCCGGCGCGCGCCCGCUGGCCGAGAAGAACUGCACGGGGCCGCCCUGCGACCGCCAAUGGACCGUGUCCGACUGGGGCCCGUGCAGCGGCGGCUGCGGGCAGGGCAGGAUGAUCCGGCACGUGUACUGCAAGACGAGCGACGGGCGCGUGGUGCCGGAGGCGCAGUGCAGCCUGGAGAGCAAGCCCCUCGCCAUCCACCCCUGCGGCGACAAGAACUGCCCCCCGGCCUGGCUGGCGCAGGACUGGGAGCGGUGCAACACCACAUGCGGCCGCGGCGUCAAGAAGAGGAUCGUGCUGUGCCUGGAGAUCGUUAAUGGGAAGAUCAAGACGCGCGGCGCCGCCGACUGCGACGGCAGCAAGAAGCCCGUGGAGGAGAGCACGUGCUUCGAGCGGCCCUGCUUCAAGUGGUACACGACGCCCUGGUCGGAGUGCACCAAGACGUGCGGCCUCGGCGUGCGCAUGCGGGACGUCAAGUGCUACCAGGGCCAGGACAUCGUGCGGGGCUGCGACCCGCUCGUGAAGCCGGUCGGCAAGCAGACCUGCGACCUGCAGCCCUGCCCCACCGAGCCCCCAGACGACAGCUGCCAGGACCAGGCGGGGACCAACUGCGCCCUGGCCAUCAAGGUGAACCUGUGCAGCCACUGGUACUACAGCAAAGCCUGCUGCCGCUCCUGCCGCGCGCCCCACUCCUAG